CUAGUGUGCUUGUAAUUGUGGUGCAACAACAAAUAAUAAAAUCCUCCUAGUUGCCCCGUGUGGAGUAGGUUGCAGUUGGCGACCGAACCACGUUAAAUCCUGUGUCAUUUAUUUUUCUGCACUUGAUUCGGGAUUGUGUGUUGUUUCUGCAUGCGUUUAUCCCAACAAGUGGUAUCGGAGCUUUGGCUCGUUAACACACUGGAAAUCCGAUCAGCAGAAACUAAUCAGAGAGAAGAGUGUCACCUAAAGAACCCUGUGCAGCAGCAGGAGCCGGAGUGAGGGCCGCUGCCGCCGGAGCACCACCAUCCCCGUCGAUCCCCAUGGAGCACUUUUGCGCUUGAAUCGGGAGAGCCGCAGCAGUGAGUGAGUCAUGGGAGACUCGCCGCUGCCGCCACUAGCCGCGUGAAGAGGUGCAGCUCUGGUCCGUCCAGCCGCCGCCGCUAGCCGCGCGUAGAGGAGAUCCGCCGCCGCUGGGUUGAGGAGCCGCCGUUGCCGUCCAGAUCGAAAGGUGCUGUCGUUGACCUAGUUACCGCCGAGCUACUAUACCGCCGUCCAGUAUAGAUCGCCGUCACUGUUUGCCUUCCGACUGCCGCACGCAGGAGCAGCGGCAGAAGGAGCCGCCGCCGCCGCCAUCAGUAGCAGAUCCUGAACUGCCGCCGUCCUCAGUCGAAGCUGUAUCUACUGGUUCGAGCAGUUCGCAAGCCGCUGUAGUCUCUAGUCGUAGAGUGUCCAGAAGCUUUGUUGUGCAGUGGCCAAAAGGAAUUUUUUUCUUUUGGCAGGUACUGUUCAUCUCUAUUCCAUUUUGAGUGGAGUAUUUUUUGUGGACCGUGAUUUGUGCGUUGAGUGAGGUGAAUUAUUGUAGUGGUGGGUCAAUGGUUGGGAAGAAGAAAAAAAAGGAGGUGGGGGCCAUUGUGGAAUUUUUGGUGAUAGUGGCAUGGUUUUUUGGUGGGUGGUGCUGAAUUUUUUUUAUGUCCUAGAUAUCUUAUCUGAUAAAAAUAUCAAGAUCUGAAAUUAGUUGUACUGGGUAUUUCAUCUCGUCGUUGGAGAUGGCAGAAGAUGGGAAGUUCCGAAUUGAGAAAUUCGAUGGUACUGAUUUCAGUUGGUGGAGAAUGCAAAUUGAAGAUUUGCUGGUUCAGAAAGAUUUGGACAUUGUUUUAGGUGACAAGCGAGAAAAGAUGUCAGAUGCAGAUUGGGCAGGUUUAGAUCGGAAAGCAGUGUCCGUGAUCCGACUCUCGUUGACUAAGAAUGUUGUGUUCAACAUUCUGAAGGAGACGACAUCGAAAGGGAUUAUGGAAGCGCUGUCUAACAUGUACGAGAAGCCAUCUGCGGCAAACAAAGUGUUCCUGAUUAGAGAAUUGGUGAACACAAGGAUGAAAGAAGGCACUUCAGUUACCGAGCAUAUCAACAAGUUGAAUUCGAUCUUAGCCAGACUUUUGUCAGUGUGCAUUAAGUUCGAUGAUGAAGUUCAAGCAUUACUAUUGUUAUCGUCAUUGCCUGACAGUUGGUCCGGAACUGUUACAGCAGUUACCAAUUCAGCGGGACCUGACCGAUUCACUUUUGAGAAGAUUCGUGAUCUCGUUCUUGGCGAAGAUGUCAGAAGAAGGAGUUCUGGUGAGUCUUCUGGAGAAUCACUAAAUAUCGUCAGAGAUUCUGGUGCUUCAUCUCAUGCUACCCACAACGGUGAAGCAUUGCAGAAUCUAGUUUUUGGGGACUUUGGAAAGGUACGACUAGCGGACAACAGAGCUCUUGAUGUUACGGGCAUGGGUGACAUAGUGCUGAAGACCUCAGUCGGUUUCUGGACUUUGAAGGAUGUCAGAGUUGUUCCAGCCUUGAAGAAAAGUUUGAUUUCUGUCAGGCAAUUGGACGAACAGGGACACGAAGUGAAGUUCAGUGACGGGCAGUGGAAGGUCAUAAAGGGAAAUCUUGUCAUGGCCCGCGGAAGAAAGAGUGGGUCGCUGUACAUGGUCGAGUUACCGUAUGAGGGAGUGACCGUCCCAGUUCAGAAGAGAAACAAAGUCCGGUUCACAGAGUCUCGUGGGCAGCAGAAGGUUUUCUAUGCAAGAGAGAAACCAAGAGCCACAGGUUAGACUCAGGAUGAACGAGCGAAGAAAGGUUCAAGGAGGCCAAUCAGAGGUAUCUAUGGCAGUGGGAGCACAGGUGGUGUUUCAGCCAAGGUUCUUAGAAGACAGUGGGUCCGAAGAACCAGUAUUCCAGCUGUUGAAAUGUCUCCAGAAGAUUUCUUGCUGACUAUGGAGAUGGUUUGUUCUCAGGAUGUUCCAGGAUCCGGCAGUGCGUGUGUGCAGUGGGAGCUGGUAGGGACCGAGGACAAGUCAGGGGCAGUUCAAGCCAUGACUGAUGGGUUGAAACUAAGGAGAGUUUCAACAGAGUCUUCUCGAUUAUCAAGAAGGCUGGUGGCAACUAGAGGUAGUGGAAUUUUGAGUUCAGUUAUCAGAUUACAGAAGUACAUGUGCACAGUUGAAGCGCAGGUGAACAUUGUUCCGUG